CUAGCCUCCAGAUUGCAGCAUUUGCUCGUUGGAGGAUGCAGGAGACUGCAUGGCUUCGCUAGAUCUGAAAAGAUCGUUGCAAGAAUCCUGGUACUUAGCCCUCCUCUGGACGCCAUGUACAUUCAGGGUAAUCGUGGGCUUGCUCUCGAAGCUUUGGUGGCGCCGUGGGCAGCCAAUUGCUUGCUGGCGCCAAGACAAAUGCUUGAGCUUGACUCCCUAUUUUUGGGGCUCCUUAGCGAGCGUGUGCCACCUGAGCAGCCUCGUCUGAAUUUGCGCCAUGUCUAGAUCGAUGGUACGGAACAGUGUCACUUAUCAUAAAGACUGAGCAAUGCCCAGGUUUUCAGCCGCGAUGAAAGCCUUCGGAACUAAAUCUUCUCCUUCAGCCAAGCUGCGGUCUGUCUCAACCGCCGCACUACCUCUUUAUAACAUAUUCUUGCCCGAGAUCGUUGGUCCUCGCGAUUGGCUCGCUCUUCAGUCUUAUAAAGUCAUACAACUACGCCCACCCGCCUCAAAUCCGGUGUAAACAUCUGACUAUUCAAGAUCUAACCCAUCGCCUCGUCUGACUUGUUUCAGCAUACAAUACAAAGAAGAUGGCACCUACUCCCAAGAGCUAUUAUCAUUCCUCGAGCAGUAAUUACGAUAGCGGCUCCUCUGGUCUCUCUGCCGGAGCCAUUGUAGGCAUUGUCAUUGUUGUACUCAUCGCCAUUUUCCUUUGCACCUUUGCGUACAAAGUCUACAAAGCACGUAAAACUGGUCAACCUGUGAAUUACGGGACCAUAUUUGUUGAUUCUCUGAAAUGGGCGGCGUGCGGCGCUUGUCUUUGCUGUAUCGCUCUUUUUGCUUCUGAAAGUGGAGGCAACGACAACAAUGGAAACGAUAAUGGAGGCGCUGGCGAAGCCAAUCAGGAAUAUGCUUCCGUGCCACAAAUGCAGAUGCCAGAGCCGCAAGCAAAUUGGCAACCGCAAAUGAACUGGCAGCCAGUACAGUCGGAGGCCCAAGAUGGCAUUCAAGUGUGAAUGGAUUUCUUUAUGGCGGUGGACGCAAGGAACUCAUCUCUCACGAAUAUGGUUCGGCAUGACUUUUUAUGUAUAUCGUCGUUUUAUGAAACCGAUCUGAUUCAUGUAAUUUCUC